AUGACACGAGUCAGAUCUCGGUCACCCCCCAAAUCCAAGGCGCUUUCCCCGCCAAGAUAUGCAGACUCUAAAGAGUCCCUCCUAUUACAGCACCCUGAAGAGAGCAGCGAUGACCACUCGAGCGACCAGGAAGAUGGCAAAGACGGUUUUACGAUCCAAAAUCGUAGAAUAAGAAAAAAGAAGAAGAAGUCAAAAGGCAAGGACUCCACGCAGAACGUCGAGACCACCGAGAACGUCACCGAAGCCACCCAGGAAGUCGAGGAUUCCCAGAACAUCGAGGCCACCCAGGAAGUCGAAGACAUGGACGAAGACGUCCCAGGCGCCGAAGGCAGGGGCACUACCAAACGUCAGCGGUUUGAAGAGGAUGCCGCCAGCGAAGACGAGCUGACAAAGGCCAACGCAGAAAUCAACCGACUCAGAACCCUGAUGAAAGAAUUUGCAGCAAACGUUGAUGCAAACAACAAAAAAUACGAAGAUGUGAUCGCACAACAGAAGGCAGAGAUCAAAGAGCUGAAUACGGAGAUUCGACGAAUGAGCGAAAAGAUGGAUGCCAGAUUCGACGAGUUGAUAGCUCUCCAGAAACAACUCGCAAAGAAAUCGGAGAAGAAAAACCCCGAAAAGACGGACAAAAAGCCACCAGACGCAAACGGCUAUCAAUUGCUGACAGAUGAUGAAAUCAUAGAAAUAGCAAAAAAAGCGGACGAAACAGAUUCAGAAGCUGACACAGACUCAGAAUUUGAUGGUGGCGAUGUCGAUGAUGUUAUGAAACUGAAUGAACUGACAAAGAUUUGUAAUAUUGAAUAA